CAAACUCACACUUCUAAAUCCUGUAUAUUCACUCUUCCAAAAACAACCAUCCAUCACUCCCCCCUCUCCACACUCUCCCCAGCAUGAGAGCCGGCGUGGCGUGCGUCCUGCUGGCCUCCUGUCUCCUGUCCGCCCGCUCGGUCCCGUCCCCGGAGGAUCUGCGCGCCCAGGAGCGGCUCUUCCUCUCCUCCCUCGGGCUGAGCUCCAGACCGCGGCCCGCUGCAGGUGGAGGAGGUGCGGGUUCGGGUGCCGCGGACGGGGUAGGAGGCCGUGAGUCCCGCCAGCCGCGUCGCCACGUCCCGGCGGCGCUGUGGAAGAUGUUCCGGAGCGCGGAGCACCGGAAGAAGGCGCAGGACAGUGACCCGUGCACCGUGGCAGAGUACGGCGUGAAGGGAAACAUCAUCCGCUACGUGCAGGACCAAGGUGGAGAGGUGCCGGGUUGGAGCGGUCUGGAGAAGCAGCUCUUCUUUAACAUGUCUGUUCUUCAGCCUGUGGAGCAGUUGACUCUGGCCCGACUCGAGGUUCGAUUCCACUGGAGACCUCUGCUCUCCUCUGAGCUCCUGUCCUCCAGCCGCGGGCUCAGCAUCGCCCUCUACAGGGUCACACGCGCCACACUCAAAGGUGCUGACCGUCAGACGAGCAGACGUCUGCUCCUCUCUCAGUCUGUGCAGCUCCAACCUGAGUCCACAGCCGUGACCCUUGACCUCAGCUCUGUGGCAGAGUCCUGGAGGAAACCGGGGAGGAACUACGGUCUGGUCCUGGAGAUGGUUCCUUUCAGCGCACACCCAGAAGAACUGCUGGCAUUUCACCCAGGCUCCGUUCAGCCGGACUUGUCCGUACCUGUGGUGCAGUCGUCUCUGGUGCUGGUGUCUCUGAACCCGGAGCAGUGCCGUUCUCGUCAGAGGAGGAGCGCGGUGCACCUCCCUGUGACCCCCUCGAACGUGUGCCGAGCGCGAAGACUCUACAUCCACUUUAAGGACGUGGGCUGGCAGGACUGGAUCAUCGCUCCACAGGGAUACAUGGCCAACUACUGUCAUGGAGAGUGCCCGUUCCCUCUGAGCGAGACCCUGAACGGGACCAACCACGCCAUCCUCCAGACGCUGGUCCACUCCCUCGACCCGCAGGGCACCCCCCAACCCUGCUGUGUGCCCAUCCGCCUGUCCCCCAUCUCCAUGCUCUACUACGACAACAACGACAACGUGGUCCUGAGGCACUACCAGGACAUGGUGGUGGACGAGUGCGGGUGCAGAUAGUGUUAAAGCAAGACUGCGGAACAUUCUCUCUCCUCUCACACGCCUUUCUUUCUCUACCACCCCAGACCCCUCCUCUCUUCCUCCCUACUGUUUCUUUCUCUCUU